AUCAGAAACGUCAUCUCGUUGAGAACCAGAAACGUCUCCCAGCGCAUACAGAGAGCCCUCCAGGAGCUCUCAGAGGCCCUUGCAGAGCACCCUCAACAGGCUCACUCGCCAGUUCCCGUCCCAGUACGGGUUCCAGCAAGAAAUGGCCAAAACGCCAGAGGCCUUCGUCGCUACUCCACAUCGGGUGCUCGUAGCUUUGGGACGUUUACCACUGGUGGUUCUGCUGGAACCUCGUGGUCUUUCAACCACUUUACCAACGCCAACUCCUACAAGAGUAACUUCUUCGCCAAGAUCAAGCUAUUCGCCAAGUUCUACCAUCCCCGUCCUGCUGACACCAGGCAGUUGUUCAGGGGAUUGAACCACGGGUUCAUGUUCCACAACUUCUCACAGGCCCACCAGAACACGUUCCGGAUGAAGCUCCACAUGUCAAAGUUGAGCUUCAGCUACAGACCCCUUCUCAACCACCUCAAGGACAAAUACCAUGGGUUCGACAGAAAACAAGACGAACCUGCCAACAAGCGUUUUGCACCAUUUUUGGCCAAACAGAAGAACCCAGGCUUGAGGUUGAACCUUUCGCUCACGGCCAAUCACCACCAGUUGACCAUGAAGUUGGCACGGACCGAUUCCUCGGCCACCACCCAAGAGAAGCACGAGUGCAACCAAGUGGUCGAAGGCUCUUACAUCGAGUUCCCAAUCACCUUCAACCUCAACAUUCCCCACGAAACGCUUCUCAGCGAAGAAGUGUUGGAUGAGAUGCUCUACAGUGUUAAGGCCUUCGAGCAGAAGCUUCGCGAGUUCAAGCAAGACAUCGCCAAUCUUUUCGAGUUAGGUGAGUUGCCCAUCAAGUACAUUGCCCACAAAAACGUCCUCAGGGUGUACUUCCCCAACUGUGACAGCGUCAAGUUGGAAUCUUUGUGCAGAGAAAAGAACAUCACGGGAGGAGUGAUCUAUUCCGACUACGAUGAUGAAACAACCUUACCCGAAAUCGCAGCUGCUGCUCCACUUACUCCCGUGGACCAGAACGACAUCAUUAGUUCGUAUUUCGGCCUGGGUUCUUCUGGCAGUUCUGACAGCGAGACCCAAGACCCUGACGAUUUGUUGUCGGAGCUGCUGGUAUUCCCACUUGCCAACGAAGAAAUUGUCAGGAUUGAGGUGGCUGGACCACAAGUAUCAUUC